AUGAUCGACUCGGUGAAACUGCGCCGCGACAGCGCGGCCGACUUUUUCUCGCACUACGAGUACCUGUGCGCGCUGCAGGACUCGGUGCCGCUGCCCUCGGUGCGCGCUUGCCUGCGGGAGGGCGUGCUGGACUUCAAUGCCGACCGCCUGCGCAUCGUGGACUGGGCGCCGCUCUUGAGCACCCUCAAGAUUAAUAAAGAUCUGCCCCUAGUCUCUAUCAAGAGCUUCUUCCAGCCGUGGCUUGGCGAAACAGGUUCUGACAGAAGUAAAGUUUGCAGAAGUCGUGUUCCUGCGAUAAGAAACAAAGAUGUGACCUUCCAGUUAUGUAAAGCUCUCAAAUGCUGUUUAAGUGUAUCAAGUGCUCUAAAGAACCUGGAGCUAAAUGGACUAGUGCUGAGAGAGAGAGAUUUAACUAUUUUGACAAAGGGAUUGAAUAAAUCCACCUCUCUGGUGCACCUGUCUCUUGCAAAUUGCCCAAUUGGAGAUGGAGGUUUGGAAAUUAUUUGUCAAGGUAUAAAGAACUCUAUCACUCUUAAGACAGUAAACUUCACGGGGUGUAAUCUGACAUGGCAGGGAGCAGAUCACAUGGCCAAGAUCUUAAAGUAUCAGACCAUGCGAAGGCAUGAAGAAAUCUGGGCUGAGAGUCUUCGUUACAGGAGGCCUGAUCUGGACUGUAUGGCUGGUUUGAGGCGCAUCACUUUGAACUGCAACACGCUCAUUGGUGACCUGGGCGCAAGUGCUUUUGCAGAAUCUCUCAGUGAGGAUUUAUGGCUUAGAGCACUUGACCUGCAGCAGUGUGGCCUCACCAAUGAAGGAGCAAAGGCUUUACUAAAGGCCCUCGAAACCAACAGAACUCUGGUCAUUCUGGAUGUAAGAAAAAAUCCACUCGUUGAUCAUUCUGUGAUGAAAGCAGUUAUCAAAAAAGUUCUCCAGAAUGGAAGGAGCACCAAGUCAGAGUACCAGUGGAUAACUUCUCCAUCAGUGAAGGAACCAUUCAAAACUGCUAGACAGAAAAAGAGAACUAUAAUCCUGGGAAAUGGUCGGAAAGGGAAAGCUACUAUUAGAAUUGUUAUGUGGAGACAUAGAGGAUUGGCCACAAAGAAACCUGUAAGUAAUGGAAGGAAACACCCCCUUGGUAAAGAAUAUUCUCCUGAGCCUCUACCUCCUGGCGUCUCUGGUUUCCUGCCGUGGCGCACAGCGGAACGUGCAAAAAGGACCAGGGGUUUUCCAUUAAUCAGAACUCAUGAUGUAUAUAAUCAUUUGCAGACUAAGCAGUGGAAGACAUUUAUACAUAAUGACUUGAUACCUCAGCAAUCAGAUUUUCCUGUGACUGUGACAGUAGAGAGUCCUUCCUCCUCAGAAAUUGAAGAGGUCGACGAUUCAUCCGAAAGUGUUCAAGAAGAGCCUGAGAAAACCAGUUUAAAACAAGAAGCAUUAGAGGAAAAACUGGAGGAGUGCCUAAAGCAGUUAAAGGAGGAAAGAGUAAUAAGGUUUAAGGCUGAUAAACGAGUCAGUGAGCUGGAACAUGAAAAUGCCCAGUUAAGAAAUAUAAAUUUCUCUUUGUCUGAAGCCCUGCAUGCACAGUCAUUGACAAGCAUGAUCCUGGAUGACGAAGGUGUUUUGGGCAGCAUUGAGAAUUCUUUUCAGAAGUUCCAUGCUUUCUUGGACCUCCUUAAAGAUGCUGGGCUUGGGCAGCUUGCCACAAUGGCUGGAAUAGAUCAGUCAGAUUUUCAUUUACUGGGUCGUCCCCAGAUGAAUUCUACUCUCAGUAGUCUGCCUACGGAAGAAAAGAAAGCGCUUGAAGAAGAAAAACGAGAAUCAAAGCAGAACCCCCUAGGACAGAUGCAAAAUAUCCAAGUUUCUAUUUGUAUGCAGUCAGCUUGCAGUGAAGGAACACUAAUGAAGUUUCAGAAAAUCACAGGUGAUGCUAGAAUUCCUUUGCCUCUCGACUCCUUCCAUGUCCCCGUUUCCACGCAGGAGCCCUUAGAAACUUCUAGAGACAACCUGGGAGUCCCAGUCAAUGAGCAGCGGCAGGACUCUAUCAAAGAAUUCAUUGCUAGAACAUGUUCUCCUUCAGCAGAUGUGAUGUCUGGAGCUGGAAGCCAAAGAAAAGAAGAUGAAUUGUCUAGAAAUAGCAUAUCUUCUUCAGAGAAAAUGACCAAAACAGAAUCUCAUUGAAAUGACUGGAGAAAUACUAAAAAUAGAUUAAUAGCAGAAUUGGAAAACCAGAACAUGAACAGUGUGGAAUUCCCAGAAGAUAAAAAGCAGAUUAUCGAGGAUCAGUUAAUUAAAGAGUGAAGCAGCUCAGCCAUUCUGCGCACCUUUGAAGCACCUAAUUCUGGAGUUUGCCACCAGGCUAAGGCUAAGAAAACAGCUCUUUGAGGUAGGAGUUCUGACACAGACACACUGGGAUCAGAGAAGAAGGGUGUUACCCAAAUGACUCCAAGGAGGAACCGAGGGUCUGCUGCCCAGCCACUCGCUCUGGCUGUGGGGAGCAGGCACUCCCUUUCUCAUCACCACAGGCGCCCGUGGUCAGCAUCUGUGUUCACUAAAAGUGGGACAGUUGUUUGGCUGAGGAAAAGCACUUCAAACUGUAAUCUUAGGUCUGCAUCCCUAAAUACGCCAAGAAUCAUCAGAUUUGAAGAAAACCAGUAACAUAAAAGGAGACACCAAAUUAAAACAAAGUAACCUGUUCAAGAAAGUAGUAGAAGAAACAGAAGAAAUGUAAAAAUGAAUAUGAUUAAGGUCAUAUUCAUAAGGAUAUUGUAUCCAUAAACAAUAAGAUGCUAGGAAAAAAAUAUUUAGUGUCUAGAAACUGAAAAUAUAAUUAUGAAAAAACACUCAGAAGAUGGGCUAGAUUGUAGAAUGGGUUCAGCUGAAGCUUAAAUUCAUGAAAUGCAGGAUUUGAGAGAUUCUCCCUAAUAUGCCCUGCAAAGGGAUGAAAGGUAAAUACUAUGAAAGAAAAGUGCAAGUCCUUCACAAACUCAGACGUAUAGUAAUUGCACAAGUAGUAAGCAGUUGGCAUAUAGUAAGUACACAAAUGCUUGUGGAAUUAAUGAGACAACACAGAUUUCAGUAUUAGACUUCUUAUUCAAUAACUAUAAGAAAUUUUUCUCUAAGAAUUACUAAGCGCACUGAACAGUGAAUCCGUGAUGAGAUUUUAAAUCAAAGCAACUGAUGAUGCCAUGAGAUCUGUCAUUCCCCUUUAUAAUCAUGAGAUGCCUAUAAUCAGAAAAAGUCUAAAUGAAUAUUAAUGCAUAUGGGAAAAUAAAGUGAGCUCCACAUCACCCUCAACCUGGGAGCCAGCUGAUGAAGCAUCACUAUUUAGAAUGUUGCUGGUUGCAACACCCAAGGAAAAAGAGAGUGAGGCAACGUUCACUGACUUAAAGCUUCUGCACACAUGCCACUUCUCACACUUCAUUAGCCAAGAGUGUCACAUGGCCGUGCCCUAGUUCAGGGCAGGGAAGCACAGUGCGGACUUACUGUGUCAAGACAAGGAGAGAGAAGCAAAUACGUGUCAACAACUUUCAUAGCUACCAACUGCCAGGAAUGGGAGGUGGAAUUUAAAAAUCCAAGAAAAGUCAGGGGGCGCCUGGGUGGC